AUGCCGGAGCAAAACCCAAUGCAAUCCUCCGCCUCGCCUCCCCCGCAGGUCUCCAAGUCCACGAUCCACAUGUCCGGGCUCCUCGUCGACGUCUACGGCCUCGACGAGCUCGCCGCGCAGAACCCCGCCUCGGUCUCUUGCCUCUGGCUCUUCCACGGCCGCGGGCGCCGGAAGGAGGACAUGGGCGACUUCGCCUCGCGCGUCGUCGCCCGGCACGCCGCGGGGAACCCGGCGGCGCGGGGCCUGAUCGCGCUCGCCUUCGACCAGCGCAACCACGGCACGCGGCUCGUGUCGGAGGUGGCGAACGAGUCGUGGCGCGGCGGGAACGAGAGGCACGCCAUCGACAUGUACGCCAUGGUCGCGGGCAUGGUGGGCGACACGCGGGGGCUGAUGGACGUCGCGGAGGGGAUUUUGAAGGUCGAGACGGGGGGGGAGGGGGAGUGGAGGGUCGAGCAGCACCUGGCGCUCGGGGUGAGUCUGGGGGGGCAUAGUACGUGGCAGGCGCUUUUCGGGGAGGAGAGGAUCGUGGGCGGGGUUGUGAUUAUCGGGUGUCCUGAUUAUAUGGCUUUGAUGACGGACCGCGCGCAGAGGUCGAAGCUGGCGACGUACUCCGCCGAGGACGACGGGGCCUCGUUCCUGGGCAGCAGGGACUUCCCUCCCGACCUGGUGUCCGCGUGUCUGAGGAACGACCCGAAGGGCAUCCUCUUCGGCACCGGGGCCGUGCCGAGCGCCGCGGCGGACGUCUCGGAGGGCGAGAGGCAGCGUCUGCGCGGCCUUCUCGACGCGCGCGUCCGGGGGAAGAAGUUCCUGGUCUGUUCGGGGGCGGUCGACAGGUUGGUGCCGUAUUCCAAGGCGGAGCCGUUUGUGAACUUCUUCGAGGAGGCGACGAGGACGUGGUACGCGGACGGGGGCGUCACGUUUGAGAAUAUCGUGUACGAGGGCGUCGGACACGCGUUUAGCGAGGGGAUGGUCGAGGACGCGUGUCGGUUUUUGUUGGAUGCUGUUAGGGAUGGGGGAAAGGGGGAGGAGAGGCGGGCGAAGAUUUGA